CUCGAGCUCAUCUCCAAACCGAACCACAUCUUCACCGGGACACCGAACCGGCCGCGUGCUUCACCUUCAUUUUAAUCUCAAUUAGAGAUUACCUGAAGGUCUCGCGGGAUUUGUUGGAUUCUGUUUGUUUUUUUCUUGCUUUUUGUCCGAAACACUUGUGGACAAACCGAAGCAGGACUGAGAGUUUCUGGAAGUAUUUCAGUGCGUGUGUGUGUGUGUAUCUGUCCGUGUGUGUGUGUGGGGGGAAAGUUGUUGAAAGUUCGGACACUUUUUGAUCCAAUGCGUCCGGAGCGAAGGGAUACACAGCGGAGACACACCGAGAGAGAGGCGGGGAGAGGAGGGGAGUCACCGGCUGCUGGACCUCCAUGUCUCCCCACCGACACCCAGGUUUCUACUUCCUGUGAUAUUUCCGCACCAUGCCUGAGGGGUCACGGCGUGGCAGCCAGAGAUCGCCUAGCAACACAGCAGCCAAGCGUCCGUCCUCAGCCUCGUCCCUGCCAGGGAUUGUGGGUAGGAUGAUGUCGUCCGGAGAGCGCGGAGCCUCCUCUUCUUCCUGCACCUCCGUCAACACCGUCUGCUCCGACGGCCCGGCCUCCCUCUCCUCCUCCGCCUCUUCCGUCUCCUUGCAGGACACCUCCCACUCCUCCUCUUCCUCCUCCUCCUCUUCUUCGCUGCCGUACGGCGCCGUGCCGACAUACAACUCCACCUCCUCCACGCCAAAGAGGAACGGCUCCGACAUCAGCCUGGACCUCACGCCCCUCGUCACGCCUCACGUAGGAGGAGGAGGAGCUCCUGCAGGUGGAGGCGGGGCUUGUGGAGCUCAGGUGCCAGAUGGGGCCCCGCCCCCGAAUGGACCCGCCCUGUUGGAGGCGGUGCCGGUGGUGGCUCCGCCCCGAACGCUGUCCCGGCUGGAUAGAGUGGUUCUGGAGAUCGUGGAGACCGAGCAGGCCUACGUCCGAGAUCUGAAGAGCAUCGUGGAGGAUUAUCUGGGCUGUAUCAUCGACUGCGGCUCCCUGCCUCUGAAGCCGGAGCAGGUCAGCACUCUGUUCUGCAACAUAGAGGACAUCUACGAGUUCAACAGUGAUCUCCUGGAGGAUUUAGAGAGGAGCCCCCACGCUGCCGCCAUCGCAGAGUGCUUCGUGGAGAGGAGCGAAACCUUCGACAUCUACACCCUCUACUGCAUGAACUACCCAAACUGUGUGUCGGUGCUCCGGGACUGCAUGAAGAACAAGAGUCUGGUGAGCUUCUUCCAGGAGAGACAGACCACCCUGAACCACUCCUUACCUCUGGAGACCUACCUGCUGAAGCCAGUGCAGAGGAUCCUCAAGUACCACCUGUUACUGCAGGAACUUUCCAAGCACUUCGAUAAGAGCGACCCCGGGUAUGAGAUCAUCGAGGACGCCAUCAUCACCAUGACGGCGGUCGCCUGGUACAUCAACGACAUGAAGAGGAAGCAGGAGCACGCAGUCCGACUGCAGGAGAUCGAGUCCCUGCUGGUGAACUGGACCGGUCCGGACCUGGGCGGGUUUGGAGAGCUGGUUCUGGAAGGUUCCUUCAAGGUCCAGCGGGUGAAGAAGGAGCGAGCGUUCUUCCUCUUCGACAAAAUGCUGCUGAUCGCCAAGAAGAGGCUGGAGCAGUUCGUCUACAGCACGCACAUAUUCUGCUGUAACCUGCUGCUGGUGGAGACCCUGAAGGACUCGCUCUGCUUCAAAGUGUCCGACCAGACCAUCCCCAAACUGCAGCACGUCGUACAGACGAAGAACCAGGAGGAGAAGAGGCUGUGGGUUCACUACCUCAAGAGGCUGAUCGUGGAGAACCAUCCGGCCUCUCUCCCACAGAAGGCGAGGCAAGUAUUGGGAGACAACUUCUGCCAGUCUCCUCAAUUCGACCUGAAGAAAUCCUCCACCUCGCCGCGACUGGACGAUCCGCACGGAUUCCACCGGGGCCGGCGCCAAUCAGGUCAGGAGCCCCCCGAGCUGCUGACCUACACUCCGGAGAAGUCCAGGAAGAGUCUGCCGCUGCUGCUGGACGGGAACCUGCCGUACCGGCGCUCCCGCAGACAGUCAGCUCCGGCUAAAGACAUCGAGGCUGCGUUUACCGGCGGUAAGAGCACUCACACACACACACACACACACACACAUUAAUCACAGUGAGGAUCAUCAGGAACACACAGCCGCUCCGAACAACUCAUCACCGCGUUUGGACAGAACCUUUCAACAGCAAGAUAUCUUUUUUAUUGUACAGGCUACGUUGAGUUCUGGUGUGAAAAUGCACAAAUCAGAUUGUUGAGACUUUAAUCGUUAUUUAAGAUGAAAGACUUUUUACAAUGUGCGGAGGCCAAACCUAGCAUGCUACAUCACCGGCACCAGCAAGAAAAUAGAACUCAAAAGCACAAGCAGACCAUGUGGAGUUUUCACAAAGUUUUCCAAAUAUGGGCAGAUGUAGACCGGAUGUGGUCCCAUCUGCGCAUGCUUUAACUUGC